AUGGCGCGUGUCCAGCUGGUGGCUCUGGCCCUGACGAUGCUCUUCGCCGCCACGGCGGCCCAGGCCCCGGCCGCCACCCCGACGCCGGCCCCCGUGUCCGCGCCUCCGACGCCGAUGAUGCCGCCACCGACCCCGGCACCGGUGUCUCCCCCCGUCGUGGCCCCGGCCAUGCCUCCCCCGGCGCCGGCGCCCCUCGCGCCAGCACCCGCCGCACCAGCUCCCGCCCCCGUGGUCCCUGCCCCGGCUCCCAUGGCCAUGGCCCCGACCCCCGAGAUGAGCUCGCCGCCGGCGCCCGCCCCCGAGGGCCCCGCCCCCGCCCCGUCCAGCGCCGACGUGCCCCCGCCCAGCGCCGCCACCGGCGUCCACCCCGCCGCCGCGUGGGUCGCCACCGCCGCCCUGGCCGCCGCCGCCGCCUUCUACUGA